AUGUCUCUCUCAAGAGUUCUUUCCCAAUUCUUUUGGAUCGCCCGGCCGUCAUUCGAGCCAAGAGACCUCGCCGACCAAACAGGCCGGGUUUGCGUCUUGACCGGAGGCUAUAGCGGUAUAGGGUUGCAGCUGUGUUGCAUGCUCCUGCAAGCGAACAUGACCGUCUUCGUCGCAGGCCGCGACACCGAGAAAGCCGAGCGGCAGAUACGAGCCGCCAUGGCCGAGUUUCCACACUGCCGGGCCCAGCCCCACAUCGUUAAGCUUGAUCUUGCCGACUUGGAUGACGUGAGGAGGGCUGCCUCGGACAUCUUGGCUGCAACAGAUCGGGUGGAUGUGCUAGUCAACAACGCUGGCGUGUACUCUACCACUUCUAUCGGGCUUACCGCACAGGGCCAUGAGCUUCACAUGGGGGUCAACUGCCUCGGUCCACAUCUGCUCACCCAGCUUCUCCUGCCAAGGAUGAAAGAGACGGCGGCCAAAGCGCCCAAGGAUUCAGUCCGCAUCCUGUGGGCUGCUUCUAUCGCCGUCGACACCCUUGCUUCCGAAGCCGGCGUCGACUUCGACCAGACCGGCCGCCCUGCCAUUUCCGAGGACAGGCGCGCCGACUACGGCCAGAGCAAGGCUGCAAAUGUCUUCCUGGCGCACGAGACAGGUAAACAGUGCGCUGAGAGCGGCAUCAUCAGUCUGCCAUUCAAUCCAGGCAAUUGCGAUUCGGAGAUUCACCGUGGCAUUCGUGAACAAGUGCUUGGUAUCCUUCGCUGGACAAUCCUCUACCAUCCCAAAAUGGGUGCGCUGACAGAGCUCUACGCCGGUUGGUCUCCUGAUAUUACCAAUGAAGAUGGUCCAACAUACAUCAUCCCAUGGGGACGCCGAGGCUCCCUGAAGCCCUCUAUGCAAAGGUCAAUGGCCGAUGCUUUGGAUGGUGGCACCGGAACCUCCCAGAAGUUCUGGCAAUGGUGUAUGACCCAGGUCGUCAUUCUCAAUAACCUUUUCCAUAUAAGUGGGCUCCUCAAGGAACCUUUGUAUCAAACCAUCCUCGAGAAUUAUCAUGACUGCCCCGGUGAUUGUCGUAUCUCGCCAGCAGCUUCAACAACUGCCGGUCGUGCUGCUGCUCUCCACCUUCAUUUCUCUACUCCUCUUAGCAUGCUACAACCUACUCUUUCACCCGCUGAGGCGCGUGCCCGGACCUUUGCUAGCCCGAUGCUCGCCAGACCUGUUGUUCGGAUCGCUCCCAAUGAACUCUCGUUUGCAACAGUCGAGGCACACGACGACAUUCACACCCCGCGCGGGUCCCAAAGCCUCCUCAAGGCAGACACGAUCGAAAGUAUCAUGGGAGACAUCGUGUGGCCUGCCAAGAAUCUACUUACCACGCACCAGCCGGCCGAGCACAAGCGGUUGCGCAACGCACUCGCCCCAGCCUUCACAGCCUCGGCGCUUGUCGAGCAGGAAGCCAUACAGCAGGCUCACGUUGACCGCAUGAUCCACCGAGUGUGCCAUGAACUGAAGAGCCACGCCUCGCCAUUGGACCUGACUGAGCACUUGUCUCGCUGUGUAUGGGACAUAGUGGGCGAGCUAUCAUUUGGCGAGUCUCUAUCAGUGGAUCAAAAAAAUGCCUUUGAAUCUCUCAAGGUCGGAUUCUGCAGACUUGCGCCGAUUCUCGAGCUGGUGCAAUACAUAAUCGGUAUGCCUGUGGUCGGCACCGUAACGAAAGUCGCCAUCCAGGUUGCAGGCCAUGGUUUCCGGAUCCCAAACACCAUCAUCACAAAGAGCAAGAUUGGAGAAUACGUCGACCGCCAAUAUGUCCGCAAGAACUUCCUCACGGCCAUCAUGUCCGCGCAGACAAAAUGCCUCCUCUCCAACACCGAGCUCCUCAGCAACUCUGCCCUCCUCGUCAUGGUCGGCUACGACACAACAGCGACAUCCCUCGCGGCCAUCUUCCACCUCCUCUUGCGCCACCCUGCCUCGCUCGCACGCCUGCAACACGAGCUUCGCGCUGCCUACGCCCGGCCCGCCGAUAUCACGGCCCACUCGACCAAAGCCCUGCCUUUCCUCAACGGCUGCAUCCAGGAAGCCAUGCGGCUGUUCCCGCCGGCGAAUGGCAAGGGCACGACGCGUAAGACGCCUCCUAGUAGGGUCCCCACCGUCGUCGACGGCGUGACGGUCCCGAGCGGCACCGUCGUGUCGGCGGACAUGUACACGAUUCAGCGCAACCCGGUCUACUGGGCGCGGCCGCACGAAUUUCGGCCGGAGCGCUGGUUGGCGGCGGGUGCUGCUGGGGCUGGUGUCGGCAGCCUUGAUGGUGACGAUGGAGGAGCAGGAGUGCACGGGGAGGACCUCUCCGCGUUCGAGAACGACAGGCGGGCGGCACACCGGCCGUUCCUGGUGGGCCCCCGCGUCUGCGUCGGCCGCUUCGUCGCCACGCAGGCGAUGCGGCUGAUCGUCGCCCACACCGUCUGGCGCUUCGACAUGCAGCGCCCGGCCGGCGACGAAUUCGACUGGACGCGCGAUGCCGAGAGCUCGUAUCUAUGGCUGGGGUACCGGGUGCAAGCCAAUAUCGCGGUGAAGAGUGGGUAG